UAUUGUGUUAGUGCUCAAGUGCUUCUGUUAAUAUUGGGAAACGUGAUUCUGCAUUCCAAGGGGAAAAAACACCUCCAUGAGAAGUUCCUUAGAGCAUGUGACGACAUACAGCAAGAACAGCAGGAAAUGCAAAAUGCAGUUGAUUAAUAUCAUGAUAAUCACCUGCCCUAUUGUGAACCACCAGACUCUCAGAAUAUUGGACUGAAAGAGGAGGAAGGUUUACGUGAGGCAAGCAGGGUAAAGAGAUGAAGACAAUGACAAAUUCACAUGUCCCUAAUAUCCAUAUAACAUUUACAAUAAGAAUACAUCCCACUUACCUGGACAUCAUCUUCGCUUCUAGGCACAGCUUUAAAACUCACAGCUAUGAGCACAAGAAAUGUCACUUUAAAGUGUUGAAUAGCCUUCUGGCAAUGCUUGGGUUAAAAUAGGAUUUGUUACACAAUAAGGAAGAACAAUGUUCUACUAGUGUUUAUUCUAAAUAAUUGUGAAAACUUGUUUAAGUUGAAAUAAUUAUUUAUUGAUCUAUACAACACACACACACACACACACACACACACACACACACACACACACACACACACACACACACACACACACACACCUAUCUGUCUAUUAAUUAACCAUAAAAAGUUAGUUUUUUCACACAAAUAUCCCAACACAUGGGUUGCAAGCACAGCAAUCUACAAUUACUGUACACAACUGAAACACUUACUGUAUGUGUAAUGUCAAGUGGUCACGAAUAUUUAUUUCUCCAAAGUAUAUAUUUACACUAUGCACAAUAUUAAAAAUAAGGAUACAAUGAAGACUUCAGAGAAUACAUUUUGCUAUCAUAUCAGAAAGAGCACACAGUUAAGCUGCAGCUAUGAUACUAAAAGAACAAUUAUGUAUAUACAGUUACGUAUAGAUAUGUCUCUGCAUAUAUACAAUACCUGCAUGCAUAUAUCUAUACCAACAUAAACAUUUCCCUACUAAGAAAGUAAAACUCACUGAAUUAGGUUGGUCCAAGAACAAGUGCCCUCCCCUUUUGUUAAAAAGUAAAAGCGUUGCCUUAAGUUAGCUCACAAUACAAAUCAGAUAACAAUAUAGAACAAACAGAAUACUACAGCCAAGCAAUUUCCAUGUCAAACAUCCCACUGCUCAGUAGCUCCAUUUGUAAGUGUGAAUUGCAGACUAAGCUCCCUGCAAUGCACACAGGAAGGUUGGUGCAUACCUUCACACACACUGUUACUGGGUGCCAUCACACUUCAAUUCCGGUUGCUGAGCCUUUUCACCCCUUGCCUUGUCUUCAAAUGGAAAUGAUUUCUAUUGGCCCAAGGUGUCCAUGUAAAUAGGUGUAAAUGAAACCAGAUUAUGCCUUUCUCUCCCCCACGCCCCCCUCCUCUUUAUUCUCCCUUCUCUAUUCCCUCCCUCCUCCUCCCAAGGCGAUUGUCAUAUGAUAGCAAAGAAGUGGCACAUUAAUGAAGCGCCUCUACAGGGGUCUUUUCUGUUCAUGUCACCACAUAAAACUAUCAGAUGGUUUGAGGAAGGACAUGGACACAACUACUUAGCUUAUCUCUCACCCAGCAAAGGAGAAAUACUUUCCCCUGCUCCCAUUCAAGUGCUGCUCAUACAAGAAGCUUGUUCCUGAUGCUGAAGAUAAAAUCACAGUUUAUCCAAGAAGGGACCUGGCUGGCUAAGAAUUGAAUUAAGACCUGAAAUACCAGAAAGGGGGCUUGUGGAUUUUGUUUUGUGACAAGAGCAAGCAACUUUGAAGCUACUUUUCGGAUGCAGAGUGCCAGCUUGUAAAAAGUUUAAGCUCACCUGUGACCGUAGCAAAGAUGCCUCGACCAGGGAGAAACACAUACAGUGACCAGAAGCCUCCUUACUCUUAUAUUUCACUUACGGCCAUGGCUAUUCAGAGUUCUCAGGAGAAAAUGCUGCCUCUGAGUGAGAUCUACAAAUUUAUCAUGGACAGAUUCCCCUAUUACAGAGAAAACACCCAAAGAUGGCAGAACUCUCUGAGACAUAACUUAUCUUUCAAUGACUGUUUCAUCAAGAUCCCAAGGAGACCUGAUCAGCCUGGCAAAGGCAGUUUUUGGGCACUUCAUCCCAGUUGUGGGGAUAUGUUUGAAAAUGGAAGUUUCCUAAGGCGUAGAAAGCGGUUUAAGGUGAUGAAAUCAGAUCAUCUUGCCCCUACUAAGCCAUCAGAUGCUGCACAGUACCUGCAGCAGCAAGCAAAGCUUAGACUAAGUGCUUUAGCUGCUUCGGGUACCCAUUUACCACAGAUGUCAACCUACAACCUGGGAGUUUCACAAACAUCCAGCUUCAAACAUCCCUUUGCUAUUGAGAAUAUAAUUGCCAGAGAAUAUAAAAUGCCAGGAGGACUUGCCUUUUCCACAAUGCCACCAAUGUCAGCAGCUUAUCCCCUCCAUAACCAAUUGACUACAGUUGGCAGCUCCAUUGGCACAGGCUGGCCUCACAUGUACAGUUCCAGCAUGAUAGACACUACCACACCUAUAUCAAUGGCUAACAGUGAUUACAGUGUGAGUGCCUAUGGAAUGCCCAUCAAGCCACUUUGCCAUGGAGGACAAACUUUGCCUGCUAUCCCAGUUCCUAUCAAGCCUACACCAGCAGCUGUGCCAGGGCUCACUGCACUCCCAACACAUAUCCCGGCUAUUCUAUCGAACUCUUCUCCAUCUCUGAGCCCAACAUCUCCCCAAACAGCCACCAGCCAAAGCAGCCCAGGUACCCCUAGUGAAACUCUCACCAGUACUCCCACUCUACUCUCUGUGGCUGUACACUAACCUGUUGGACGGUAUACAUCAUUUCUCCAAAGUUUACACACUUUACUUUUUUCUCUUAUGUAAAGACGUCUCAUUCCAGGAAGGAGGUUAAUACUUUACGUCAGCUAUGUUUUUUGUUUAUUCAGUGUGACUUUUUUGACUAUCACAUACUGUACAUGUCCUCAUAUACUUGAAAAUGUUUUUCUGCAGAGCAUUGCCAUCCUAACUACAGUUUUGCACAUUGUUUAUUAAAUGUAUUGCAAAAAUAAACGGCAGACAUUUUCAUGUAGCCUAUUUAGGAGCACACGUACAUCUUCUUAAACAAAAUGCAUCUAGUGUGUAAUGACUCGAAAAUGCUGUUAUAUUGUAAAACAUAGCAACAUACUGUACAAGCAUUUAUAUUCAAGCAGUUUUAUUUAGAAACAGUUCUGAGUUGUGCAGAUAGAAACUAACAUCAUGACAUAUUUUAUAUUUGCAAUAUAUAAAACAUGUACAACUAUGGCAAUAGUAAUCACUUUACAACUUGUUCUCAUGCUAAAUUAUACUUUUUAACAAAUCAGACAUUUACACUAAUAUAGAAAGUGCACAUAAUAAACACAAAACAUAAUAUACUAAAGAGAAAAAAAUAUUGUUUACACUUUGGCUGCCCUAAUGUAAAUAUUGAACUUAUGAGUCAAAGCAUUAACUGUACUUAUUGGCUGUCAAUGGUGAAUAUUAAUUUCAAGGCACAGGAAAAUUAUUGGUCCAUGUCACUGAAUUUAAAACUGCAUAUCUAUUUAUUUUUUUAUGGUUUUUUUUGAGGGGGGGGGUAAAAGCCUUGUGCAAAGGUAAAUUUGGAAUUGCGUGAAGGUUUUUUAGAACCUCACAGAAAGUGCAGUUAAGAGGGUAUUGUAAAUGUCUGUGUACAUGAAUGAAUUUGAAAUGUGUUUAUUGCACUUUUUUGACCAUCUUUUAGUUUUAAUCUAGGAAAUUUGCAAAAAUUGUUUUAAAAAUAUAAAAAAGUUAUUCUGUUGUGACCUUAAGUUAAUUACAAAUUACCCUACUGUCAUCUGAGCUGUAAAGAAGUGACCACUCAGUCUCCUUGUUGUACAGAAGGCAUGGCAUUUGCUUAUUGAUGUUAUUAUUCACAGCAUGUGUGUAUGUCAGACUACAAAAAAUAAGUGUCUGCGUUAAAUUAUGAACCUAGUCGUCCAAAUAAUAUUUUCUCAUUAAAAUGAUAAUUCUAU